AUGGGCAAAACGGCGACGAGUAGAGACUGGAGCCAGAUCUACGCGAUCUACGGCGUGGAGCAAUGGCAGACCCUGGUGUUCCUCCUCCUCCACGCCCUCCUUCUCGGCGUCCUCUCCGUGCUCUACCCCCUCUACUUCGACUCCAUCCGCUCCUUCUUCGAGUCCAUCCUCUCCGUCAUCAUCUCCCUCCCUGGCGGCGCUGCCCAAUUCACCGUCGGAUUCAUAGGCUCCGUCACUGCCCUCUCUGCCGUAUGCCUCUUAUUCGCCGCCGCCAACUUCUUCUACUCUGCAGUGCCCCUCCACCACUCCAUGGCCCUCCGCAUGCUCUGCUUCGUCGAAAAAACAAGAGAAAGAAGAAAUUGGAAGGAGGGUAAAAUCGUCAAUUCGCAUUGA